CUCUUUGCUCGGCACGCAAGUUCAUGCUAAGCAAACCAGACCAAACCAAACAAGAAAACUAAAAGUAAUCUACCUACCUAUCCCAAAUCUAGUCAAGUCAAGUCACGUCGAAGCUAGAAGAUAGACACAGCGAAGAUUCAACCGUCAAGAUUUUCCCAUCUCUCUCCCUCUCUCUUGCAUGCGCGCUCUCGUCUCCUCGCUUUUCCAUCCUCGCCCUCCCCUCAUCUCCCCCUCCCUGUCCUCGCCUCUCUACACCAGACACGUCCGCUCCGCUUUCCGCGAUCACAUCAUCACUUGGGUACCCACCCACUCACCCACUUACUUGCUCACUUACCCCAGCAAACGGAUGCGCAGUCCGCGUCCCGUAAAUAGCCAGCUCCGGCACCAGCGCCGCUUAUGGGCAUCUGCCUUGUCUUACCGCCCUUUCAUUGGCGUUUGUUUUAGAUGUUUUUAUUUUAUUUUAAUUUAUUUAUUUUAUUGUCUUUUCGUUUUAUUGGCAUUUUAUUGUAUUCCCUAGCUUUUUUCUCCUUUUCUUUCCUACCCUUUCCUUUCCCAGUUC